GCCCACUUAAUUACUUGCAUUCCAAUUCAAAAUAAUUCAAAGGUAUGCUUCAAGGCCAUCUCCACGACCUUCACCGCGUCCUGCACUGCAGUCUUUGACGCUCGAAUUGGGCGAAGCUCAUGGCGUCGUGGAGCCGCUUCGAGCUCGAACCGGAGACGACCACCUUGGCCUUGCGUGGCGUUUCCAAUGUGCACAACCGUGACUCCAUCCUGCAGUUGUUGGAUACCGCAUGUGGGAGCUCGGCGAAGUAUAACUUUGUGUUUAUGCCUUUGGCUCGUUCUUCCCAUGCAGGGCUCGCGAUUGUGAACUUCGUGGAUGCCGCGAGCUGCGCCCGGUGCUUCGUGCGACUGAGGCAGAUGCAGGACCAAGGGUUGAUGGUGGGCGUCAAGAGCGUCGCUCGGUCCUACAUCCAGGGCUUCGCUGAGAACCUCGCCUACUACGUGGUCAUCUCCCAGACGGACAGCCGCGUGACGGAGCGGCCGCGGAUCUUCGUCGAAGGGAAAGAAGGAGAUGAUGCUUUGCUCGCGGCCUUGAUCGAAGAGUUCGUGACUGAGGAUCUCAAGCUGAAGGCUGCGGAGCAAGCAGAGGCGCUCUACCGCGCGCGCGGUCCUGGACCGCGCGCGGGCGCGCGGGCGGCCGCCAGAGGCCCUGGCAGCGCUCGUCCGUGGCCCGCGGGGUCCAUCCAGCGCGGCGAGGCGAGCGUGAGCGGGGAGUGUCUGGCGAUGGGUCGGGAGCCGACCGAUGAAGAGAUGAAGACCAUCCGCCGAUGGUGCCGGAGCAAAGCAAGUUCGGCUCAAUACCUGUUCUUUUCUCUUUAGGGCCUUUCGAGAUCUCUGGAUGGGAUGUGAACAUGGUUCUUGGCACAAGAUUUCGAAAAAGCACACACUCAGAGAGAUCUACAAUCGACCGAGUCCAACGGUAGACUCUGCCCUCAGGAUUUAACCUACUGGUGGAGAACUUUUGGAUGAGGUAAAGCUUGGCUUGGGAAGUGCU